AUGGGUUUUUUAGUUUUUAAUUGUUUUGAAGUGUAUGAUUGAUUUGAAGCAAUUGACACUUUUGUUGUGUUGCGAAUGGGGUUUAUGAUGAUGGGUGUUUCUUUUAUUUCAAUUCGUGACUGUGUACCUUUUUUAAUUGGGGGGUUAGAUAACUAUUUUAUUUUGUUUUUUUGUUUGUGUAUGUGGGGUUUCUAGGUUUUUAAAGAAGGUGGUAUUUGACUUUGAGACUAAAAGGGGUGAUUGAUUGUAAUGAGGUUUUGUAGGGCUGAUAAUAUAGUUUGUGUUUGAUGGGAUAUUACUGGGUUUUGUGGCUCUUGCAUGUGUAUGAUUUUGAAUGAUCAUUAUUCUGAUUGCUUAUAGUUUGGAUUUUUCAUGAAUUUUUGGUAAAAGUUGAAGGUUGGAGACUGGUAUCAGUCUUAGUCUGCGCUUUUGGGUUAGGGUAUGAUCAUGUGUUUAUGUUAGAAACUUGAGGUUUUUUGUGGUAUCUAUUGACAGGUGACCAUCUUUACAUUACCUCGGCUCGAUGGUUUGAUGUCUUUUUUAGUUAUGGAUUUGGGAAGAAUAGCUUAUAGAGAGCUUUGAUUAGUUUAAGGAAAAUUUUGAUUUUGUAUCUCCAUUGCGAUAAUGGGGGAAGAGUCUUCUUGGAUCAGAAGAACAAAUUUUUCUCACACCAUUUAUCAUCGCCUGGACUCUGGCAAAUUUGCCAUAGACUCUAGCAGUUUGGCAUCUCAUUCGGACAGAGCUUCCGGUCUUCAAACAAGACCCGCAAAUGGAUCAGGUGGUAAUCAGAUUCAGCUCAAUCAUAGAACAAAUAAACCUAGGGCUGCAUCGCCUCUCCCUGAAACCAAACUCUCAGAUACUUUUAAGGAAGCGAGGUCUGAUAGGAAGCGAUUCUCAACUCCACAUCCCGUAAGAAGAGGAUCGGGAAAGGCAACCCCUAAAGAUUCUCUUGCAAAAAGGGCCCCUGAUACUAACCAUUCCCCCAAGUCGCUAAAGCACUUCUCUUCUAUGAAAAUUUAUGAUAAGCUGAAGAGCAAAAAGGAGUCGGCAUGGACAAAGUUUUUUGAUCAUGGUGGCGGUAAGGUUACCUCUGUCGAAUCAGCUGAUGAAUGGAUGGUUGAUCUCUCUAAGCUAUUUAUUGGGCUUAGAUUUGCUCAUGGGGCGCAUAGUCAACUUUACCAUGGGUGUUACAAGGAUGAAUCUGUUGCUGUAAAAAUGAUUAGGGUACCAGAUGAUAUCGACGAUGGAUCACUUGGAGCUCGGUUAGAGAAGCAGUUCACAAGAGAAGUUACCCUUUUGAGUCGUCUGCACCACCAAAAUGUCAUUAAGUUUAAAGGAGCAUGCAGAAAACCACCAGUCUUCUGCAUCAUCACAGAAUAUCUUUCUGAGGGUUCUUUGAGGGCAUACUUGCACAAGCUUGAGGAGAUUCUUCCCUUACGAAAAGUAGUCUCGAUGGCUCUGGAUAUUGCCCGGGGGAUGGCAUUCAUUCAUUCUCAAGGUGUCAUACAUAGGGACCUUAAGCCUGAGAAUAUACUUAUAAAUCAGGAUUUUCAGCUGAAAAUUGCAGAUUUUGGAAUAGCUUGUCGUGACACAUCUUGUGAUCCCCUGGCUGACGACUCCGGAACUUAUCGCUGGAUGGCUCCGGAGAUGAUUAAACGCAAAUCAUACAGCAGAAAGGUCGAUGUUUAUAGUUUUGGACUCAUUUUAUGGGAAAUGGUAGCUGGAAAUAUACCGUACGAGGAUAUGACACCCAUCCAAGCCGCUUUUGCCGUGGUGAACAAGAAUUUUAGACCAGCUAUCCCAGGUGACUGCCCUGCUGCCAUGAAAGCUUUGAUUGAGCAGUGUUGGUCCUUACAACCAGACAGAAGGCCAGAUUUUUGUCAGGUUGUGAAGGUGCUAGAGCAGUUUGAGGCUUCACUUGCAAGUGAUGGAAACUUAAAUAAGCUACAAAACCUGCCUUGUCAAGAUCACAAGAAAGGGAUUCUUCAUCUGAUUCAGAAGAUUGGCCCUGUACAUCAUAACCCUUCACCAAAGCCCAAACCUAAAUUUGCAUGAUGUUUUUGGUGAUCUGGCUUUUGUAGUUUCCAGGUCGCAAUGUACAUCGCAGCUCCUUUUUUUCCUUCCUUUUUUCUUUUUUUUUUUAAUUUUUUUUUUUUAGACUUUUCCUUGUAUUCUCGUACUAAAUUAUAUGAAUAUGUAAAUUAAAUAGGAGUUAAGGUAAA